AUGUCUAGUUUACCACUCAAGGCCAAGGUCGCCAUCCGCGACCACUGGACAAAUGAGGAGAGCCAGCUCCAAAAGGCGCUCAAAGAGCUGAAGAACGUCCUCGGUCUCGAUGUUGACGUCGAGCCAGACUGGCAACUUUUGUUGGCUGAGCUGGACACCGUCUACUCUGACAAGGGCGAUUUGGUCGCCGCCGUGGCCGGCACUGUUGAGACCUGGACCAAGGCCGCGACAGAGCUCCUCGACGACGACAAGAACGCGGACUGGACCGAGAGCCUGCUGGAGAAGCUCAAGGUCACGUAUAUCAACCUCCGCCUCUUUGUAGAGGUUUCCGGCGACGACCAGGCAUCAUCGACGUGGUCAGACGAGCGAGGCGGCUUCAUCAUUGCCCUGCCGAGACGCCAGCUCACCCACCCCGCAGAGCUCUUCCCCCUCUUCCAGGGCGAGAUCAAGGAGUGCUUCUCCGACAAGCACCACCUCCCGCCGUCGUACACCAUUUCCCCGCGGAUGUCGGGCGACGAGUGGGCCGACGUGGGGUUGGACGUGCGGGCGAGCCACCUCUCUCUGAACGACAGGCAGACCUCCGCGAAGACGACCGGGCCGGACAUCCUCCCCCGCGCAGAUUCCCUGCCCCGCCCUGACGAUUUUCUCAGCAAGCCGCCCUACCACUUGUUCGUGUACGCCCGCAGCGCGCACGAGAUCGAGGUGCAGUGUAGCCACAGCGGCACUCUCAAGUUCUUGUCCGAGUACUUUAAGAAGUGGCGCCGCGUGAACCACCAGCUCAGCACAAAGCCACCCGCGGUCGAGGUCAAGCUCCACCAGUGCGCCUUUGGUCUUGGCGCCAUCAUCGACCGGCUGGUCCUGGUCGCCGAGAACAGGAGCGGCACCUUCACCGUCACGCCGACAAUCGUGCUCUCCCUCGUCGAGGGCGUCCUCGGGUACAAGCAGUUAGCAAGCGGCUCGACGGGGGCCGCGCUGCACACCGCUGCGGGCGCCGCCACGGCCGGUCUGACCUGGCUGAUGGUCCCGUACGACGCGGCCCGCAUCCGCAACGCGCGGAGGAAGCGGCGGAUCCUCGAGCAACACGCUGUCGAGCGCGGGCUCACGGUCAAGACGAAGCGCGGAGAUGUGCUGAUCCCGAUGGCGGUGGGCGUGACGCUCGGCGCCGUCGCCUUCGAGGGGGCCGGGAUGUGCGCGGAUGCCGUGGUGGCGGACACGGGGGGUCCGAAAGAGGUCGUCAAGGGGGUCGCCCAUCUCGGGCUUGACGCGGGCGUGGCUGCGAUUGAACAUGCGCAUGCCAAGAACGAGAAGACGAGGUCCGCGACGAGAUGGAAGUGGAAACGUGGGCUGCGCGAAGCUUCCCUCGAUGAGAAGUCGGAAAAGUAG